ACUCAAUUUAGAGGAAUUUACAUGAAAUAUGGGAAAAUUCAAUAAAAUUUGAUAUAUAUGGCUUUUUUUUGUGUGUGCAUUUUUUAUGGUUUUUUUUGUUGUUUUCUUUUUUUAUGGGUUUGGUUUUCCCAUAUUUAUCAAAAUAUGGCUUUUGUAUCCCAUAUUUUUUUGUAUACGUUUUUUUAUUCUAUAGGGGUAUUUUUAUGAGGGAAUUUUUGUCUUUUUAUUAUUAUUAUUUUUAUUAUUUUGGUAAACAUUUUUGUAAGAAAAUUUUAAUUCAGUAGUUGUUUAUUAUGCAUUUAUGUGGAUUUUUGUGAGGGCUUUUCAGUCAUUUUAUGUGUUUUUUUUUUAUUAUUAUUAUUUUAUUUUUAUUUUUUUGUAAGGAAAUCAAUUCCCAGUAUGCAUGCAGGUACUUGAGUACAUAUGCUCUAUCACGUUUUUAUCUGCAUCACGUUUCUUCAAUUUUAUUAGUUUAUUUUAUUCAGCAUCACGUUUUCUUCAGGGUGAUAUUUGUUCUUAGUUUCCCUGCUGUUUUAGGGUUUAUUUGAGUAUUUUGUUGUCGAUUUUGUGCCAUCUGUGCGUGUAUUCGUCUCGGUGAGUACCUGGUUUCAGGUAUGUAUUUUUCCGUUUGCUUCAGUAUCACGUUUUUUAUAUAUCGUUUGGUUCGAAUUUUUUCUUUCCUUCAGUAUUUGGUUUUUUGUGUUGAUUUCUUCUUUUUUUUUUCUUUUUCUUAGGAUUUUUAUAAGUUUCUCGUUGUGGAUUUGUGCCUCUUUGUGGUGUUUUCGUAUCGGUGAGUACCCGGUUUCAGGGUUUAUUUUUUUAUUUUUUUAAUGUAUAUUGAUUGUUAAUUUUGAUUUGUAUUUUAUAUUUUGUUUUGAUCGUGGGUGGUUGUUUUUUAAUCUGUGUUAAUGGUGGUUUUUAUUUUUGGUGCACGAUUUUAUCGUUAGUUUUUUAGUGGGGUUUUUGUCAGUUUUUGAUCAGUUUAUUUUUUGGGAAGUUUAUGGGUAGUUAUUUGUAAUUUGUGCUCUAUAUAUAUGUAUAUCUGUUAUUCUUUUUUCAUUUGUGUUGUUUGUUUUUUUUAUGCAGUGCAUUGUAUAUUUCUCUUGCUCGAAUUUGUGUGAUGGAUCACUCUGGUGAAUGCGGUGGUGUUUCUGGUUCUGAGAAGAAAAUUUCUGGUAUAGUAGAGGAUGAAUCGAAGAAUGUAGGGGAUGAUAUUGGCGAGAUUCUUCCUCGAAGGAGUAACAUUACACAUUUGAAGUCUGUUGCAAGGAAGAAGAGUAAAUCCCCUUCCUUUGUUGCAAGGAAGACAAGAAAAUCGCCUUCCACUGUUAAACAGAUGAAGGAUUCGUGUGCAUCUGGUAGUAAGGAUGCUGGAGAUGAUUCUCAUGAGACUAAACAUGUUGUGGUAUGUCUUUAUUUUUUUAAUUAUUAUAAUAAAAAAUUGUUCAUCUGUUUAUGUUUCUGUUUUUGUGUUUCACAUUCGGUGGAUUCUGUUUGUUUUAUUUUUUUAUGGUUGUGUAUCUGGUUUCUUGUAGUUUUGUAGUUAAUUUGCAUAAUGUUUAAUUCUGUUUUGUGUUUGUUUUAUUGUUAUUGUUGUGUUUUCUUUUGUUGUUAAACUGUUUUUUUUUUUUUGGUACCUGGUUACAUGUGUACCUAGUUAUAUGUGUUCCUGGUUACAUGUGGAUUCUGUUUUUUUUUUUUAAUUUUUUUAUGGUUGUGUAUCUGGGUUCUUGUAGAUUUGUAGUUAAUUUGCAUAAUUUUCAAUUCUGUUUUGUGUUUGUUUUAUUGUUAUUGUUGUGUUUUUUUUUGUUGUUACUCUGUUUUAUUUUUUUUUGUACCUGGUUUCAUGUGUACCUGGUUACAUAUGUACCUGGUUACUUUGCAGAUAACAGUGAACGAUUUUGCUUAAUGAGUUUUUAACUGGUUACCUUAGUGAAUGAAUUGUUUUUUUUUUAUAUGUAUAUUUCAACCAUACAAAGUUAAAUACAUAUAAGUGGUUUUAUAAAUGUAAAGUACUUAUCAAUUUUUCAUGUUUAUAUUUUUUGAAACUGGUUACAUGUUUAAUUGUUUUGUUUUUUUCUGCAGGCUCACUUAAAGAUAAACCCCUCCAAGAGGUUUGGUAGUAAGGUUCAACAUUUUACUGACAAGAGUGUCAUUACUGACUUGAAAUCUAAGUUGACGAAAAGUCAGAAAUCAUUGUUUAAGAAGACCCCAUUUGGGCACUUUUUAGAAGUAUGUGAUAUUCAUUUUCAAACUCAACUUGCCCAGCUUGUGUUAUUGAGAGAGGUCUCUCAUGAGAGGGAGGAAGAGGAAAUGUGGUUUAAGCUUGGUCGUAGAGUGUGUAGGUUUUCUAUUGAAGAGUUUGCUCUAGUUACAGGUCUUAGAUGUGAUGGUGUUUUUGAUUUAAGUCGUUUUCAAAAAAAGAAAGUUUUGUUUAAGAAAAAAAUAUUUGGCCGUUUUGUUGGUAAGGUGUCAAAGUCUGAAUUACGAAAUGCUUUUAUUAGUAAGGAUCUAGUUAAUGAUGAGGAUGUUGUCAAAUUGGGUAUAGUUCAUAUCCUAGUUAACUAUUUGUACGGCUAUACUAGUGAUAAGUUGGUUGAUGAUUUCUUUUUUGAGAUGGUUGAUCGAGAUUUUUCUGAAUUAGCAAAUAUUAGUUUUGGCAAGUUUGUAUGGGAUAGGAGUUUUCAUUAUUUGAAAACUGCUUUGAAGGGUGGGAAUAAAAUCUUUGAUGGAAAGUUCGUUGAUGGGAAGCUUGGCCUUCACCCUUACAAACUUCUUGGGUUUCCCAUUGCUUUUCUUGUAUGGAUAUAUGAAAGUAUAGCUGAGUUGAGUCCUGAGUUUUGUCAACGGGUUGGGAAAAAAUUUCCACGUUUGUUGAAUUGGAAGAGUACAGAUAAUGUCUUCUAUGCAAACUUGGUGGGAAAGGUUUUCAACAAUCAGAAGUUGACUAUCCUGAAUGUCUAUCCGUCUUCUGAGGAGAGAAAGAAACUGGCAGUAAAGAAGUUUAAGUUUGAGCCUCUGUACUUGCCGAAGGUGUGUGCUGAAGAUGAAGACAGUAGUCCGGGUACCCAGGUACUGGUUAGUUUUGUUGUUUGUUUUAGUUAAAAAAUAUAUAUUAUUUUGUUUUGAACUUUAUAGGUUUCUUUUUAUAUUUUUUUUUUUUUUUUUUGCUGUUUUGUAAAGUAUUUUAUUUUGUUUUUUUAGGUUGAUAGUGAAAAGUUGAGAUUGAUUUGUGAAUCAAUCUCAUCAAUAAAAGCAUGCCAAGAAACUAUUAUUAGUGACAUUGCAGAUCUGAGUUCAUGGGGAAACUCAGUGAUUUAUCUGCAAUGAUUGCAAAAUUUGUUGCAAAAAAUUCUGAAAAAGUUGUAAAUACAAGUGAUGAAAGUGCUAGUUUUAAUGAAGGGGAAAAGCCAGCUGAUUGUGAUAAUGUUUCCAGUCCUAUUUCUGAUGAUUCUAAGGUAACUUGUUUGUUUUUAUGCUUUAUUGUUUUUUUUAACCAUUUUUAGUUGUAACCAGAUUGUUUUUUUUUUUUUUUUUUGGCUAGGAUUGUGGAAAUGAUUCAGCUGAAGAGUCUGAUGGUAGUAAGGUAACUGGUUUAUGUUUCUUAAUAGUAUGUUGUGUUUUUGUAGUUGUUUAGUGUAACCAGUUACUGUUGUAACCAGUUUCAUUUUUUCUUUUAGGGUGUCGAGAAGGAUUUAAAUGAAAAUUUUGAUGCUGUUUAUUCUGGGUUGGAUUUGUCAAAUGUUGUGUGUGGAGAUAAGGUUUUGUAAUUUAUUUUUGUUUUUGUUUCUUGUAUUAUUUUAUUUAAAAUUGAAUUUGUUGUAAUUGAUUUUAUUUUUAUUCAUUAUAGGAUUUUACAAAGAAGCCUGAGUUCAGUUCAGUUGGUUUAAGUUUUGAAGAAGUAUAUGUGGAUCCUAAGAUUUUGAGUGUUAUUGAUAAAACUGUUAAGUAUGCAGAAGGAGAAAAGAUAUUUAGUGGGAGUAAGGAUGAUUGGAAGGUUGUGAUGGUUGGUGAUGAUGAUGAGGUUCCUGUUGCUAUUGAAAAGAGGGAGCCUAAACCUAGUACUCAUGUCAAAUCUCCUUUUGUUACUGAGUUUGGCUAUUCUGAAGUAAAAUAAACUGUGAAGAGGAAGGGAGAGGAAGUGGUGAUUGUAAGAGGAUUGCUUCCAUUUGAAAAUGAAAUUGGGCAGAAUGUUUCAAAGAAUGAUUGCCUGGAUUAUAUUUCUUGGAUUGAGGAUAAAAUGAAUUUUAAGAAUAAGUAUGUUUUUUAUAUUUUGUUUUAUAUUAUUAUUCUUUAUAUUUAAUUGUUUGUUAAUAUAUAUAUAUUUUUUUGUUUUGAAGGAAGAAGAAAUUUUCUGAUGUCAAUAACAUUAUCAAUCCCCCAAUGGAUUAUUCUUUUGUUAAAAUUUCUGAGAAAAUGUGGUUUUACAAGCUUCAAACUUGUGGGGAGGAGCUUAUGGACACUGUAAGUAACCAGGUUCUUGUUAUAAUGUUUAUUUAUUAGUAUUUGUUUGUUUAGAUGUUUUUUUUUUUUUAUUGAUCAUGUUUAAGACAAGUAACCAGGUUCCUUUUAGUACUGUGUGUAAAUUAUUUUUAAAUUUUGGGUAGUAACCAGGUUCUUUGAAGCAUUGUGUGUAACUUUUUUUUUUUUUAUUAUAUAUUGGCUAGUAACCAGGUUCUUGGUAUAAUGUUUAUUAAUUAGUAUUUGUUUGUUUAGAUGUUUUGUUUUUGUUGUUGAUCAUGGUUAAGACAAGUAACCAGGUUCCUUUUAGUACUAUGUGUAAAUUGUUUUUAUUAUUUAUGGGUAGUAACCAGGUUCUUGUAGCAUUGUGUGUAACUUGUUUUUUUUUUAUUAUAUAUUUACUAGUAUCCAAGUUCCUAACUUUUGUAUGUUUAUUUAUUUUUUGUAGCAUAUAAAUGUAUGUUUUUAUUACUUGAGGAAGAAGAUUAAGUUGAUUCAUGGUUUGAACAAGAGGGUUACAACUACAGACUCUUAGUUUGAUGCAACUAUCAAGGGUUUGUAUGAUAACUUUGUGGCAGCCAAAUGUGAUUCAAGCAACAUUCGUUUUGAUAACCUAAUUUCAUAUUACAUUAUUGGUGAAUAUUUGUUUUGUAACACUCCUUGGGUGGAUGUGGAUCAUGUUCUUUUUCCUGUGCAUGUGAAGGUUCAGUUGCAUUGGGUUUUUAUUCACUUUUCCAUUAAGAGUAGGAUGUUAACUGUCUACAAUUCUUUGAUGGGGAAGAAGAAUGAGAGUAUUGCUUUGCCAUAUGUGAAGGCUUAUUCUGUUGUUUUACCAUAUUUUCUAGAUUUUCUUGAUUUUUAUUGUUCUAGGAAAGAUUUGGACUUGAAUGUUGGUCCAUAUUCUGUUGGGAAGAAGGAUCCAAUUGAUUUUAACUUUGCCAAAGACUUGCCAUUUCAAGAGGAUAAGUAAGUAACUGGUUUUUUGUAUAUUGUUGUUUAUUUUUCUAUUUUGUUUGUUUUUAAAUAAUUUCAUAUGCUGUUUUUUGUGUUUUUUUUUUUUUUUUGCAGUGAUUGUGGAGUAUUUGUUAUCAAGUAUGCUGAUUUGUUUAUCCAUGGGAAGAUUGAUGACAUCCCGAAGAACAUGGCUGCCAAAAUUGCUACCUAUCGUGAUUAUCUUGCCAUUAACUUGUAUAGUCAUGCAAAAAAGAAGCAGAUUGGUGGGUACAAGACAGAAGAUGAUGCUCCAUCAAAGAAAUCAAAGAGGAUGAGGAAUUAUAAGUAGAGAUGUUGGAGUUUUUUUUUUUAGCUGUAUUAACGACCAUGUCUUUUUUUUUUCUUUGUUUAAUAGUGAAGUUGUGGUUUGUAACUGGAUACUGUUUUAGUACUGGACUUAUGUAUGGUUUUUUUUUUUUUUUUUUGGUCAAUGUAAAGAAUUGGUUUCAACUUUUGGCUUAAUAUAAAGUUUUUUUAAUGUAUUUUAUUUUAAUGUGUAUGUUUCUUUUUUCAAUGGAGUUGGUGAUUUUUUUUUUUUUUAAAGUGUGAAGAUAUUGUUAUGUACAUGUUUUUUUUCAUAUAGGUUUCGAUUAUUAUUGUAUGAAGAUGGUGUAACCGGUUACUUCUGUGUUAGAUUGUAAAAGCUAUAUGUUUCAGGUAACUGGUUACUGUUUAUUUAGUUUUUAUUUCUAUUUUUUUAAUUAUUUUUUGAUUUAUUUAUGUUUGUUGUGUUUUUUUUUUUGUGUGAACGAUUUGUGAUUAUAUAACUAGGUUUUUUAAGUAGUUGGUUUUAUUAAUAUAUAGUUGUUUGUUAAAUUUUCUUAUAGUAACUGCUUUUUUUUUUUUAUAUGUUAUUGUGUGUUGUAACCAGGUACUUGAAUUUUUCAGUUUUUGCAUAUCUUGUGUUGGAACCUAGAAGUUGAGUAUCAAGUUUAUAAUAUUUAUGUUUUUUUGUUUUUUGUGAAAGAUUUGUGGUUAUAUAAUUAGGUUUUUAAAUCGUUGGUUACAUGUAUAUGUAGUUGUUUGUUAAAUUUAGUUAUAGUAUCUGUUUUUUUUCUUUCUAUAGUAUGUGUUGUAACCAGGUACUUGAGUCUCCAGAUUUGGAAUAUCUUUGUGUUUGGAACCAUGAAGUUGAGUAUCAAGUUUAUAAAAUGUAAAAUGUUUAAAAAGUUUGUACUUUUAUUGAGGUAGAAAACAUUAGGAUACAAUUUUAUUACAUCAAAUGAAAAUAUUGAAAUUGUAGUAUAUCUAUUCUUUAGAAAAUUAUUUGUCUAUUUUCUUUGACUUUGUUGUGUUCCGCAGCUUUGGGAUUGGUUCAUUCCUGCAUGUUUUUCUAUUAUGCCCUUGCUGCGCGCAUCUUCCACAUUUUAUUUGCACCUUUGGUUCUCCUCUAGAUCUGAUUCUUUUUCUUCUAGGGCGGCCUGGUGGUUUUCUUGAUUUUGGUGGUAGGACAAUUAUGUUUAAAGUCUCUGGCAGUGUCCAUUUGCUUUCAUUUGGCAAUGGAUGAACAGUUGAGUCAUAUGUUGCUUUCAUAGUUGUAGUUUUGUAGUAAUCAGCAACAUAAUCAUAUGUUUUCAGCCGUGUUUUGGCGAAUACUACUAUUGCAUGUGCACACGGUAUUUCGUCUUGUUGGAAUCUUUUGCAUUCACAUGUUUUCUCCAUUAGGUUGACCAAAAAAUUUCCUUUCUGUUCAACCACAACUUGGUACAGU